AUGAAACAAACAUUUGUAAAAGAUGAAGUUUAUAGACAUAGUAAUAAAAUGAAAUGUGGUUUAAAAAGAUGUUUAAAAGAGUCAACAAAUAUUGAAGACUUUCAUUAUUGUCUGGGAUGCACUGAUGAUAAAAUAGUUUGUACUUCUUGUAAAAAAGGUUAUACUGGACAAACAGAUCAUCAAACUAUACCAUAUAAAGAAUAUAAAAAAGUUACAUUUUUUUUAAAGUAUGAACAAUUCACUAAAGAUUAUCAACAUAUUAAACAAUAUAAUGAAUCAAUGGAUAGAGAUAAUAAAUUAUUAUUUAUUAAUACUUUAUCAAAGAAAAUUGAUUUUGGAAAUAAAUGGGAUUCAAUUGGGUUAUCUGAUAAUGAACCAUUUUUAGUUGUUAGUUUUAUUGGUACCAGUGGUUCAGGUAAAUCAACUACAAUUGGUCAUUUAACUAAAAAUUAUAACCAUCCAAUUCCUGGAAAUCAUGAAACUCUUUCUUCAACAUCUUCUGAUAUUAAUUCUUUUAUUGGCGAAACAAUGGGUAGUAAUAAAAAUUAUAAAUAUUUAAUAAUUGAUUCUGAAGGUAUAAAUGGAACAAAUUCUCAAACAACAAAUAAAAUAAAACUCCAAGAAGCUCAAAUAAGAACUCCAUUUAUUCAAUAUUCAUAUCCAAGAUUAUUAUAUUUGUGUUCAGAUGUAUUUGUGUUUACAUUUGAUAGCAAUGCAGGAAAUAGAGCUGAUGUUUAUGAUAGAUUAGUCCAAUAUUCUCAGGUUGCAGCCGAUAGUACCAAUAAUCCAUGCAGUCCACAUUUAAUCAUCUUAUUUAAUAAUUCCUCUAAAAAAGAACAAUAUGAUGAUAUGGCAUUCGCAAAGAAUGAAUAUUUCAAAGAUCAACAUUCACAUUUAAUCGACUUACAAUUACGUUUUCAAUCAGUAUCAAUAAUUUUCUUACCUAAUUUUAAUGAAAAAUCAAAUAAUACCUUCCAUAGAUAUCAAAGACAAUUUAAAAAAUUGGAAGAAACGAUUAGUGAAAAAGUAUUGGAAUCUUUAAAAUACAAAGAAAGCAGAAGUCCAAAAAUUUCGGUUGAAAAAUCAAGAUCAAUGCAAAAAAUUUCAAGUUUAGCUAGUUUCUUUAGUUCUAAUCCAGAUGGUUCCCCUGAUUUAAUUAAAUUAAAUUGUACUGGUAUAGUAAGAAAAUUUGAUGAAAUUUCACUUAAUGAUUAUCAAGCUCAACUACAAAAACCAUUACCAAGUACACAUAAAUUAAAACCAAUUUAUAAUAAAACUGUUCCAUCAACGUCCUUCUCUAAUAAUAAUAAUAAUAAUAUUAAUAAUAAUAAUAAUAAUAAUAAUAAUAAUAAUAAUAAUAAUAAUAAUAAUAAUAAUAAUAAUAAUAAUAAUAAUAAUAGUAGUAAUAAUAAAAGUAAUAAUAAUAAUAAUAAAAGUAAUAAUAAUAAUAAAACAAUCCCAUCAAUGCCCAUCUCUUGUAAUAAUAAUAAUAAUAAUAAUAAUAAUAAUAAUCAUAAUAAUAAUAAUAAUAAUAAUAAUAAUAAUAAUAAUAAUAAUAAUAAUAAUAAUAAUAAUAUUAGUAAUAAUAAUAAUAACAAUAAUAGUAAUAACUCUAGAGUUGUUAAUAAAUCACAUCUCUCAACACCAAUUCCGUCAUCAUCAAUUAAAAGUCUUCAUACUAUUUUUAAUUCACCACCACCUUUGCAUACUUCAAAACCCGUUGAAUUAGAAUCAAAUUUAGUUAGAGAUAGGGUCAGAACAUAUUCAGUGGGAAAUUUGAAACCAUUAAAUGAAAAUAACAGACAACCACAAACCGGAUUGUCUCCUAUCAAUAGAGAUAAAUUUACAAAUUCAAAAAAUAAUUCGGACAAUAAUUUAAAUAAUAAUAAUUAUAAUAAUAAUAAUUAUAAUAAUAAUAAUAAUAAAAAUAAUAAUUAUAAUUAUAAUUAUAAUAAUAAUAAAAAUAAUAAUAAUAAUAAUAUUAUUAUUAAUAAUAAUAAUAAUAUUAUUAAUAAUAAAAAUAAUUGUAAUGAUAAUAAUUAUUAUAAUAAUAAUAAUAUUAAUAGUAAUAUUAAUAAUAGUAAUGAUAAAAUUAUUAAUAAUAAUGAUAAAGAUUAUAAUAGUUACAUUGAUAAAUCACAACUUGAAGAAAGACCAAUAGCAGAUGAGCUUUUUCAAAUUCAAUCAUUUUUACGUCCAGAGAUUGAUGAUACUGUUCCACAAGACCAUUAUAAUAAAUAUAAUAAUGAAAAUUUACAAAAAGGACAAGUUAUUGAAUUAACACCAUCACCAUCAUAUCAAUCAUUACAAUCGCCACCACCAUCACAGCAAAGACAAAUUAGUGAAUUAAAAACAUUACCAAAUAGUUCAUCAACAACUCCAUCAUCAUCAACACUAUCAACACCAUCACCAUCUCCAUCACAAUCAUAUCAAUCAUUAGAAUUGCCACCAUCGCCAUCACCAUUACAACCACCAUCACCACAACCAUCAAAAUUAUCAAAUAGUUCAUCAACAACUCCAUCACAAUCACCAUUAAAAAGAUCACAAUCAUCACCAUUAAACACAUCUGUCAUAAAACUUGAUAAUAAUUUAAGUGAUUUACAUCUUUGUAAAUAUGCACAGUAUUUAUUAGAAUUUUUUUUAAUAAAUUAUAAUUAUUUAGUAGAGAAUAAACCAUCAUCAUCAUUAUCAAAAUGUUAUUCUGAUAGUUUAGAAAUUUUGAAAAUAAAGUUGCCAAACGUUUAUUCAAUUUUUAAGGAAACAAAUAAUAUUAAUUCAGAGUUUUCAAAAAAAUUGCAUCCAUCUUUUAAAAAGACUUUAGAUUUAGUUUCAAAAGAAAUAUUUAAGAUGGUACCAUGUAGUUCAAAGAAUGCAAAAGGUCAUUCUUGUACGAAUUAUAGAGAAACUCAUAGAAACCAUCAAUCAAAUGAAACUUAUAAAUUAUCAAAUGGUGGUUUGUUAGGAUUUUUUAAAACCGACACAUUCGUAAGGUAUAUGUGGGAUGGUGAAUUUGUGCCAUCAUUAGAAUACUUUGAUUUAUCGGUAUUUUUAAGUAAUCGUCUUACUAGUAUACCUAGAAUUCUACCAUACAAUAUACAAGGUUCAACAACAAAUCAAGGUGUUUGUUUUGGUUGUUGUUUGAAUUCGCCAUAUAUACCAUAUACAUGUGGUCAUUUAUUAUGUUUAAAUUGUUCACUUGGUAGAUUUAUUGACCAAACCCAAAAUACAUCGGACGAAGGUUGUAGAGUAAGGGGAUGUAAUGGAAAACUUUCUUGUAAGAUCAAAGAAAUCGAUAAAAUACAAACAAUGGGUGUAAGAAUAUUAUCAUUAGAUGGUGGUGGUGUAAGAGGUAUUUUACAUUGUGAUGCAUUGGAACAAAUUCAAAAACAACUAUUUGACAUUCCAAUCAUUUCUUUAUUCGAUUUAAUCGUUGGUACAUCAGCAGGAGGAUUGGUUGCAUUGGCAUUAGCAUCAACACAAAAGACUCCUGCACAAUUAAGUACAGCAAUGGAAAGUUUAUCAAAAAGUGUAUUUGUAAAACAUCCAUUCCAAUUAUUAGCUAACCUAGUAUCAAAACCAAAAUAUAGUAGAGAUAAACUAAGAGAAUCCUUCAAAACUAUAUUCCCACCUGAUGAAAAAUUAAAAAAUUCAUUCUCAAAAAUUAGAGUAGCAGUUACAUCAGUAACUCAAGAAUCUGGUAAUUUAGAGGAAUGUUUAUUUUUAAAUUACCAAAAAAAGACUAACCCAACAAGAUGUUCAGAACAAAGGAAAUUCAUUACCAAUUCAAAUGUAAUUGACGCUGCAGAGGCAACAUCAGCUGCACCAACUUUUUUCUCAAAAUUUGAAUUUAAUUAUCGUCAAUUUCAAGAUGGCGGUUUAAUCAAUAAUAAUCCAUGUAAAGUUGCAAUGAAAGAGUGUAAAGAUAUGUGGCCUGGUAGAAAUAUUGAUAUUUUGGCUUCACUUGGUACUGGUAAUUUCCCAUCACCAGAAGCAGAUUUAAAUAAUUUAUUUAGAUUUGGUGAAAAGAUUAUUAAUCUUUUAACAGAAUGUGAAAAUUCUAGGAGAGAAUCAAUUGGUUUAGAUGCAGUAGAUGAUAUUACAAUGAAUAUUUUAAAACAACAAUCUGAAAAAACUAAAAAUGAUCCAAUUAUACAUUCAAUCAUAAAGAAAUGUUUAUCAUCAUUAUUUUACAUUGACGAUUUGGUCUUAAAUCAAUCUACAAAUCAAUUAACUGGUAAUAUAAAAUGUAGGCUUGAUAAAAUUCCAAUCGAAAUUAAUAAUCAAUUUAAAAACUCAUCACCAGUAUUUAUUUUUAAUACUAAUCACUCAAAUGUUGAAAAACAAUUUAAAUAUUCAACUCCUUCACCUUUACCUCCAAAUAAAGAUUUCUCAAUUCCAUUCGUAAUUAAUAGUCCACCAGAUACUAUUGAUAUCUUAUGUACUUUAGUACCAUUGAAUGAAAUUAAAAAUGAAACUUCAAUUUCUGGCACUCCCUUUUCAAUAAAGAAUGGUAUAAAUAAUUUAUUCAUACUUUUGGAGGAUUAA